AUGAAUGGCGGGAAGAUCGUUGCAGCGAUGAUGCCUGCCAAUAUUGUAGUAAUAGACCGGAAAGACCAGAUGGCCAAAGCAGUAAUCAGUAAUCGUAUCUAUAUGGAUAACCCAGGAGUAGAUAGUACAAAAACUAUUAUCAAAGCUCUAACAUACAAGAUUCAAAAAGAUACUGGGUCUAAGAAAUUUGCAGCAGUCGAAACUAUCAAGAACUACAAGGUACUGGCCAAGGGUAUUUUGAGUAUCCCGCAAGGACGUCAAGACCUAAUUCCCGAAGGCUAUGAAAUCAUUGACAAACGAACUUUGGUUCCAGUACCUUUUCCUGACCCAAAGCACCCUCUUAGAUCAGAACAGCAGGUUGUCUACGACGAAGUUGAUGAUACUGUAUUCGUCAACGCCCUUGUUGGAUGGGGUAAGACCUUUACAGCAUUACAUCUGGCACACAAAUUUGGUCAAAAAACUCUGGUUAUCACGCACACUGCCGCUCUCCGAGAUCAGUGGGCUGAAGAAAUCGAAGUCUUAUUCGGGCACAAGCCCGGAGUUAUUGGUGGUGGACGAGUUGACCACGAUGACCACUUUAUCACAGUAUCUAACGUGCAAACGCUUGUCAAGCACACUACAGAACUAGCUAAAGAAUUUGGGUGUGUUAUCCUUGACGAAGCCCAUCACUGUCCUGCCACUACAUUUGCUGCCAUUAUCGACAGCUUCCACGCCCGCUACCGAGUGGCGCUUAGUGGUACAAUG